GAUGGCAAAUAUAAUUUUAUUAAAAUAACCGAGCGCAAUUUACACAUAUUAAUUCCGUUUGAAACGCGACAUAUUCGACACCAUUGGUCAAUAUUAGUCGUUUAAAUGUAGUGACGUCAGAACGAUCUACCUUAUCUCCCGUGAGGCCGUUCGCAAAACAGUAAUGGCGCACGGAUGCUGCGGAAAAAUUGUACGAUAUCGCCCCAAAGUGAAACUAUCGUCGCUAAAGAAUCCAAAGGAUGUUCCGUACAUCAAAAGAACUUAUACAUUAUAUCGUACCCUGUGAUAUUGCUCUUCAAAACUAUUUUGUGUUUGUUAUAUCAACUUUACUAUUUUUGUUGUUACUUAAGCCGUCUUGCAUUCCGUCGCGCUGUUGUCGAUACCACGAUGACCAGCAGAGAACCAGAAAAAAGUCCUUCUCUCAUUAAACAGAGACAACAUCACCGAAAAGCUUUCGAAUAUAUAUCCAGAGCGCUUAAAAUAGACGAAGAAAACGAAGGCCACAAAGAACAUGCAAUUGAUUUAUAUAGAAAAGGAAUUGAACAGCUAGAGAUGGGAAUUGCUGUUGACUGUACUUCUGGAAAAGGUCAAGUUUGGGAAAGAGCUCAACGACUUCAGGAUAAGAUGAAAACUAAUCUCUUAAUGGCUAAAGAUAGACUUGAUUUCUUAGAAUAUAUGAUAAAGAUUAAGCAGCUUGAAAGUAUGUCAACUACUGUAUCUAUAUGUAAUGGUCAUAAUGAAAUAAAGGAUAACUCGACACCAGUAAUUGAAACAUCUGUUACCACUACAGUUGCAAUUUCUGCUACAUCAGUACCAUCAUCAGUAACUACCACCACUACAAAACGACGUACUUGGCAAAGACCGACACCUCUGAAAUUAACUAAUGGUUCUCACCAUGAUCCAUGGUGGUCCAAAGACACUAGUCCAACUUCUCCUAAUGUGCCUGAAGCUUCAGAUAGGAAGACAGCAGCUCCUGCACGCAAAAUUAGUUUGCCUUCCAAAAGCCAGACACUGCCACGCAAUGUGCCAUCUUCACCUCGUCUUUCUGGUUCCAGUACUUCAAGGAAGACUGCAACAACUCCACCAACUAUCCGUCGUCAAUUUUCUCAGCCGCCCACUGUUGCAACCUCCUCUAAGGGAAGGAACUCGCCCUCCAAAACAUUACUAUCCACAACAAGAACUCAAAAACUAAGUAGGACAACUUUGAGAGGGGUUGAUACAAAACUGGCUCAUAUCAUUUUAGAUGAAAUUGUAGAUAAUGGACCUACUGUGAGCUUUGAAGAUAUAGCUGGACAAGAAGUAGCCAAACAAGCACUGAGGGAGAUGGUUAUCUUGCCAACCCAAAGACCCGAACUUUUCACUGGGUUACGUACACCUCCAAGAGGGCUCUUAUUAUUUGGUCCACCUGGUAAUGGAAAAACUAUGUUGGCUAAAGCUGUUGCUCAUGAGUCCAAUUCAACAUUUUUAAAUAUAAGUGCAGCAACACUUACUUCAAAAUAUGUUGGCGAGGGAGAGAAGUUAGUUCGUGCCUUGUUUGCUGUUGCCAGGGAACUUCAACCUAGCAUUGUAUUUAUAGAUGAAGUUGAUUCACUAUUAAAUGAAAGGAAGGAAAAUGAACAUGAAGCAAGUAGGAGAUUGAAAACAGAAUUUCUUUUGGAAUUUGAUGGUUUAAGAUCAAAUGGAGAAGAAAGAAUUCUUGUGAUGGGUGCUACUAAUAGACCUCAAGAGCUAGAUGAUGCAGCUUUGAGGAGGUUUACAAAACGAGUUUAUGUCACUUUACCUGAAUGGGAAACGCGUAUUGUUUUGUUGGAGAAACUUCUUGCAAAACAAGAUAAUCCUCUUUCUCAUGAAGAUUUGAAACAUCUUGCCAAGUUAACUGAAGGAUAUUCAGGUAGUGAUUUGACAGCACUUGCUAAAGAUGCUGCUCUAGGACCAAUUAGAGAAAUUUUUUAAAAAAAUAUUAAAGUUAUUUGAACUGUGUGUUUCCAGAUGCGAAAAAUCACAAUUGCUGACUUUUUAGAAUCAUUAAAACGCAUUCGUCGGAGUGUUGCUACAAAAACAUUGUCUGAAUAUAAUUCUUGGAAUCAAGAUUUUGGUGAUGUCAGUAUCUGACAAAGAUUUCAUACUAUUUUUGAAGAAUAUGCCAUGGACUAAGAGAGGGAAAUUAUUGCUUUAAAAUAAACUGACUUUGUGAUCAAUUUACGAAUAUUUCUCUUUUGAAGAAUAAACUGCUAAUUUUUGUGUAAAGAAGAGAGAAUGGCUUUUGUAGGAUACAAUAAGUUUGCUUAUGGCUCUCUCUUAUUGGCUUUGCUACAGGAACUGCUAAUAUCAAAUUCCACAAAAACUAAUACCAGAAAUUUAUUAGCUGUUCUGUGUUUUUACAUAUUUAAAAUGUAUCAAAAUAUGUUUUCAUAUUUCUAGCAUAAAUUUUGUUUACAUACAUAAAAUGAUACUAAAAUAUGAUGCACUAUUAGGAAAAUGUACACAUUUGUAAAUAUUUAAGGAAGAUAUUUAGUCCAUUUUGAUAAGUUCUGACGUCAUUAGUGGUAGUAAGACUUCCAUGUGCUCAAUAUAAAUAUCUUUAAAAUAUAUAAAAUGAGCACUGUUCAUAAAUAGUCAUUAAGUGAAACAGUUUAAGUUGAAAAUUUUGUUUAAUUGACAAUGUAGGUAUAAAAUUUAUUUAGAAUUAUCUAUAAAUGCUUGUAAUUUUUAAAAUGUAUAUAUUUUAUUUUAAAAUUACAGUCGAAUACUUUUUAAGAAAAUAGAUUCUUGUGAAAUAUAAUGCUGAGAAAAUUUUCAUGAAGAAAUGAAAUACUACUAAUUUUUAUUUCAGCAAUACUUCAGAACUUCUCUUGUACAUACAUUAGAUGUACAGAAUUCAUCAUCUGCAAAGCUAAAGAGAAUACAAAGUUUUUUUUAUAAUGGUUAUAUAGAUAUAUAUCAAUAUAAUUUGAAUUUCUUUCAGAUAUUAAAUUUCUCAUUUAUUGAAUUCAAAAUGUUUGACACAAUAAUCUUUAAAUAUUUCAUUUUAAAAGUUUCUUUAAUUAUAUUUCAAAUCAGAGAGAAUAAGAAAGAUUUUAAAUAUAUCCCAAGCAGAUGUAAUAAGUUUAGAAUGUAUUUUUGUUGAAAAAGUUUAUUCUGAUGAAAUUAUGGAAUUCAAAUAUAUAAGAAUAAUAUAAAUAUUAUAAAUUAUUAGCAGCAUUCUUGGAAUAUGAGAUGCUUUAUAAUUAAAAAAUUAACAAGGAAUGAUAAACCAAAACUAAUUAAUAUUUUAUUUAAUAUAAAAUAUUACUAAUUAUCUCUAAAACAAAAGUAGGUAACUUCUUAAAUUUUUUAAUUUAAAAAAAAUUAAUAUAUACAAUAUAUACAUUUAUAUACUUAUAAUAAUUUGUUGAUUAAAUUAUCCAUAUUCUAUAUGUUUUGUUGCUGCUGAUUUCAAACAUUAUCAUGCCAAUUCAUAAAGCACUUUCCAAGAAAGUUAUGUCAUAGAAUGUUUCAACUGUCUUGUUAAUUAUCAUCUAUAAUCUGAUGUUAUGGUUAAUUGUUGAAUUCUUUUUUAAUAUUGUAUGCAGCUUAUUUGGUGCCUGUAUAUCUUUUGUAUUAUAACAAAACUAUUUUUCUUACCUACUCACAAAAUUUGCUUUAUAUAUGUAUAUAAAAUAUAUAUAUAAAAACAUA